CUUGUGUUCAUCUACACAAAAACCAGCUUGGACCAAGAAUUACCGAUAACUUGGCAGGAAAGAAUUUGUAUCUGAGAGAAACUAAAAAUGGGCCCAUGAGCCCGUUUGUGCUUGUUACGCCACUGACGAACCGAAACUUCAACUCCCACAAUUCCUGGCGCUGAAGAGCCUGUAGCCCUUCAAGAAACACUGGUGGGUGUCCUUCCAGUCAACCCCGGAACUGCCCCUGUCACCGACUCACGCUUCUGUUUUGUACAGAGGCAGGACAACAGCUCAGGUAGCGUGUGUGGAGCAGGGACGGGUUAUUGUGAGCCAUGGAGCGAGUCAUGGGAGGAGGAAUGCUGCCACUGGUCUUAGCAAGUAUGGGGGUCUUGCUGUUAUACCGGAUACUCAUCCGCCUUAGACCAGGAGCUGCUCUACAGGAUGCUGUGGUGGUCAUCACAGGUGCCAGCUCUGGACUGGGAAAAGAGUGUGCACGAGUCUUCCACGCUGCCGGUGCACGGCUUGUGCUGUGUGGUCGAGAUGCAGCCCGUCUGCAGCAGGUGGUCCAGGAGCUUACAGCAAGUUCAACAGGCACAGAGCAGCAGACUUACACUCCCAGCACUGUCACCUUCGACCUGGCAGACACAGACACAGUGGACAGGGCUGCAGAAGAGAUCCUGAAAUGUUACGGACAAGUGGAUGUCCUCAUCAAUAAUGCCGGAAUCAGUUACCGUGGCAACAUACUGGAUACCCAUCUUUCAGUUCAACGAGAUGUUAUGCAAACAAAUUACUUUGGGCCCAUUGCUCUUACUCAGGCUCUCCUGCCCUCCAUGGUUCGCCGGUGUAGCGGCCACAUCGUGGUCAUUAGCAGUGUCCAGGGCAAGAUAGCCAUUCCUUACAGAUCAGCUUAUGCAGCCUCUAAGCACGCCACCCAGGCCUACUUCGACUGCUUACGGGCAGAGAUGGAGCGCUACGGGAUUCCAGUGACUGUGAUCAGUCCUGGCUACAUCCGAACCAACCUCUCUCUCAACGCCGUCACAGGGGACGGCUCUAAGUAUGGAGUUUUGGAUAAAACCACAGCUAUGGGUCGGGAUCCCAGGGACGUGGCUCAGGCAGUUCUGAAGGCUGUCCGUCACAGGAGCAAAGAUGUUGUUUUGGCAGGACCUCUGCCCACCCUGGCCAUCUACCUGCGCACAUUAUGGCCCGCACUCUUCUUCAAACUCAUGUCCUCUCGUGCUCGCAAGGAGCAGAAACUGAAAGACGAAUGAGGGCUGAUAGAGCGGCAGGUGGGGACCAGCGGCUCACCAGCACAGUUGAAGUCACAUGACCCAAAACAUGAAAGAGAUGGAUCUACAUGGAAGCCAGAUGGAGAUGAGAUAGAUGCAGCUUUUCAGUAACACCGUUUGCAGUGUUACCAGUAGAGCAUCUGAAACAAAGCAAAAACCUGCAGUCACUUUACGCUGUAACAGGACAUAUGGUGAGUUUUGUCUUGUUUGAUUGUUUUGGUUGAUCAGAAUGUGUUUUUCAACUAUUUCAGAAAUUAACAUUGUCCACUGCUCAAAAGUUGUAAAUCUAUUACUGAUAAGAAUCAAGGCUCUUGUGUGAAGACAUUGUGAUCAUGUAAUGAUGUUUUUUGAAUUCACUCCUUCAAAUGGACUUUACUUAAGCAGGAUUUUGGUUUACAGAUGUUAUAUAAUGACACAUCUUCUGUUGCCCCACCCAUGAAAAACAUCCUUAAAAGCCUCCAGUGAUGAGAAAGAGUCAGAUGGGAUUUAAUUUGUAAAAAUCACAAUACCAGUAUCCUUCUAAUAUCAACUGUAUAAACAAAUAGGAGAACAAUUUAAUUAAUCAAAAUGCAGGCUAUGAUGAAGGUAUUCUGUAUGUUUUUUUAUUUGGGUCUACCCAAAACAUCAGUUUGGGUCUGCUGUAAAACAGAUGCUAUAGUUAGAAAAGUAUACUUUUUUAGGAGAUGUGGAACAGCACCUGGCAUAUUGUUUCUGGGUCAUCUGUACCACAUGGCAUACUGAGCAACCCCAUGAAAAUUAUUCUCAAAACAAAGUGAUUUUAGUGCACAUAAAGGAAGGAAACGCUGCUUAUCUGCCCAGAAAGAGAACUGCAGAGCCAAGUUUUUUUUUAGCGGUCAGUUUGAUUUCCUGUUUAACUCAAGUAGUUCUCAACCAAUGUUUUACUUUAUUUGAGUCCAGACAGCCAUUCAGCAGAGAAACCGCUCAGCUAUCUCUGGAAAAGAUGACAAGCCUUCAACUGUUGACAAUCACUCAAAGUCUACAUGCAUUCGAACUGGUCUUACCACAAACUAGACACAAUGAAUACAACAAACAAGCUGAUUUUAUAACUAUCUUUAUACACAGAAUAAAAACACCUUUUACAAACUGAAAAUUUAAAACAACAGGUUUUUCCUUUUUUAGAUGUCAUCUUAAUAUUAAGUUAAGCAGAAAAACACCUUUUUCUGAAAUGUUAACAAUAAAUAAUCCAAAUAACAAUUUACAUUAUGUUACAAAAGCGCAGUGAAUACUGGAAUUGCCAUUUGUACAAAUAAAUCCUUCAACAAAAAAAAAAACAUGCCAGAUUCAAAGACAAAACCUGCUGUUUAUUCCUUAUUAAGAAUCAUCUUCAUUGUUUCUUUUCUAGUGUGAGAAGAUGAAACCUUUUCACACAAACAAAUAAACAUCACAAGAGCUUUUACAUUGUAGAGUCAAAGCCCCCAAGGUGCUGAAGGAGACCAACAUUUUAAAUCCCAUUUUUGGAAUGACAACAAGAGCUCUCCGACAAUUUACACUCUCAGAGAUGAAGUUUAACAUGUUGAUGAGACAAGAUGUUUACAAUACUGCAUAUUGAUGAUGCUGGUUAAUUGAAAGUUAGAGAACAUCUGAAUGCAAUGAGUUUGGACUGAACGUGGUACGUGCGUAGUCACUGUGAGCCACAGUGAAACUACAUGGAUCACAUACAGAAUGAGCUGAUGUUGAAGGGAUGAUGAACAUGUUUAUAUGCCAAUCAUGUUGACAAUAGCCACAGUGUUCAGUGUCAAUACUUAUUAAUGGGCAAUUAAUGUUUUAAACACAACCAAUCAGAGCGUUUUACUAGUGAUUAAAGAAUGACGGCAACUUUAAAAAAUGUAAGAGUAAGUGGAGUGUUAACUAUGGCUUUAGUGUUUGAUUUCCUUACUGCUCACUCUUGUGGAGUUUAACCGGAGUGUAAUACUACCGGGAACUUAGAAGUACCCAAGACAUUUUCAAUUUUAGUCAAAUAUUUAAAGUGAAUAUAUAGUUGAUCACAUUAUGGGCAAAAGAGCUCCUGUAAAUGAGCAAUGUUGUUAUUUUCUCUGUGGUUGAGUCAAAAGAUUCCCAUUUAUUGUGAAAAGUUUUUUUAAAAAAUAGACCAAAACUAAAUGUCUGGUAUACAAUUAACAUAUAAAAAUGAGAAAGAUAAAUAAAUAUAUAAAAGAA